GAUUUCCAUGGCCGAGCGCAGUCGGGUGACGGCAGUCAGCGCCGCUCCGCGCCCGUCGGCCGCCGCGACCCGCGGGGAGGCGGCGGCCGAGGAGGAGGAGGAGGAGGAGGAGGAGGAGGAGGAGGAAGAAGAAAAGGAAGAGGAGGAGGGGGGGGAGGAUGCUGCGCGCCUUGGUGGCGGUGUCCCUGUGGCUGCGGGUGAGCCCGCGGGCGCAGGGCGCGCCGUGCGAGGCAGUGCGCAUCCCCAUGUGCCGCCCCAUGCCCUGGAACAUCACCCGCAUGCCCAACCACCUCCACCACAGCACCCAGGAGAACGCCGUCUUGGCCAUCGAGCAGUACGAGGAGCUGGUGGGCACCGGCUGCAGCCCGGUCCUCCCCUUCUUCCUCUGCGCCAUGUACGCCCCCAUCUGCACGCUGGAGUUCCUCUACGACCCCAUCAAGCCCUGCCGCUCCGUCUGCCAGCGCGCCCGCGACGGCUGCGAGCCCAUCAUGCGCCGCUACAACCACAGCUGGCCUGACAGCCUGGCCUGCGACGACCUUCCCGUCUACGACCGAGGCGUCUGCAUCUCCCCCGAGGCCAUCGUCACCGACCUGCCCGAGGAUGGGAAGUGGACGGACUUCACGCAGGGCAUGCUGGUGCCCGACGGACCCCCGCAGCCCGAGUGCAGGAGCCGAGGCCAGGAGCGAUGCAGGUGCAAAAAGACAAAGCCCACGCUGGCGACCUACCUGGCCAAGAACUACAGCUACAUCAUUCAUGCUAAAGUAAAAAGCGUGGAAAAGGGGAACUGCAACGAGAUAACAACUGUGGUUGAAGUAAAAGACAUUCUGAAGUCUUCGAUGCCAAUUCCUCUGUCCCAAGUGCCUCUUCUUACCAAUUCCUCCUGCCAGUGCCCACCUCUGCAGCCGAAGCAGGAUGUCCUCAUCAUGUGCUAUGAGUGGCGCUCGAGGUUGAUGCUUCUUGAUGGAUGUCUAGUUGAAAAAUGGAAGGAUCAACUAAACAAAAGAUUUAAGAGGUGGGAACAGAGACUGCAAGAACAAAAGCUGCGAAUGACCCGCAGUAAGAACCAAAAUGCAGGGCGCAGUGGUCGGAGCGGGGCCCCAAAACCAUCAACCAAGAACACCAACCCACUGGUCAGUGGCCCCAAAAAGGCCACUAAACCGAGAAAUGGCCAGAAAGAAGCCAAUGCUAAAAAAGUAUGAGUGUGACAUUUCCAAAAGACUUUUCUUGCAUGAUGAGGGUCACAAUCUGGCUUGACUGGCAUGUUUUAUUAAUCCAGAACUCAUCGACUUAAAAACUCACUGCAGUUUCUACAUAGACAUUUUUGCUGCACUUUACUUUUAAAGGUUCGCUUUUCCUUUCAAGCCACUGCAAGCCAUAGAGCAUAGGUUUGCACUAGUAAGUGGUAGGCAUAUUCAGGCUGACUGAGGUUUACCUUGGGGUUCUGAUUUGCAAUUCUAGAUAGCUCUACCUUGGCUGCUAGAAGUUUUAUCCCCGUGUCCUGGUUGCCUGCCCUAUUACCCUCCAGAGGCUGGGAGAGCUGUGUGGUGCCCCUCUUCUCUGCUCAGAAAGUACUCUUGGCAGUUGGGUGUGUUAGCUGGAGAGUUAGUCUGGGUUAGCCUGGUGAGUUGGGGACCACGGCAACCGAGGAGCAGUAGAGAGAUGGUAACUUAAGGCAGAGAGCUGGGGCAGUAACUACUCCAGCUGCCGGAGCUGAAUCUAUCUGCUAUUUGGAAUCACGGCCCUUGUUCAGAGCAUUCGAAAGCAUAGCUUACCAAUAAGCAUCUGGGUAUGCAUUAUGUGAUUUUAUUUUCUUAUGUGUGUGCCAGAAAUAUGCUCACACUGUUAGCAUUUGAAUUUGUGAGUUUGUGUAGCAAAAAUGCAUUGAAAGCAAACUAAUUUUUUUAUUGUACUUCAGGCUGGCUUCUGUUGUUAUAAUUUCAAAUAUAUUUAAACAUCUAAUUGAAAAAUCAGUAUUUUUUAAAAGGACAGAUUAAAGUGAAGCAGAUCUGCAAAAUUCUUUAAAAUAACAUAUUUUUGCUGUAAUAUAGCUUUGUUACAAAAACUGGAAGAGAAGCAUUAUUCUAAACAAAACUGACAGCUGCUGUACAGUAUUAAAGAAAAGAUAAAGC